UGUUUCUAGCAGCUCCUGCGUCGUUUCCUCUUCUAGCUCUGAAAGUGUUACUCCAUACACACUCGGCGACCUCUAUCUACGCAUACAAAUGAGGACUACUAGCACUUCCUUGUCAUUGGCAGCUGCCGCCACCGUCUUCCUGCUUCUGUUGCUGACGACCGCCAUGGAGGUUGAAGCCAUCAGACUGGACGCCGAGAGCCGCGCGGCAGUCAGCCAGCAGCAGCAAGUGAACGUUGCCAAUAAACCAAGCGAGACGUUGACUACGGAAAAGAACGCGCCCGGCGGCGAGAGGUCGUCACCUGCAGGGGAGAGCGAGACGAAGAGGAGCGUCGCUGUUGCUGUCUCUGUCGCUGGGCAGGAGGUCGUCAAGGCAACGGCGCACAAGCUGCCUGAGUUCCACGAGGACUACUACGGCGCCAGCGUCCACGAACCGAGGCACCACUGAGCAACGCAUGCAUCAUGCAGCUGCAGCCUAGACUUCCCCUGGCCGGCCUGGUUGCUCAGAUCAGAUUGUUUCUCUCCGAUCCCCUUUGUGCAAAGAGGAAGUAGGCUAGGUACUAGAGCUUAGUCAUCAGCAGCUGUAGGCUGCUGCCAUAGUUACCUCAAUUACUUUGAUAUGAUGAUCCUGAGUAGCGAGCUAGCAGAUAGUUUUUCUUUUUUCGUUUUUCAUCUCCUAGAAGGGAAAUGUAACAGUUUUGAUGCGCUAACUUUUUGGCAAAGCCAAAAGCAAAUCUCCCUAUGCUCUCAGUGUGCAUGCAUGCAUGCUGUGGUGCCGUGCAUUGCAUGUGAAUGAAAGCUGACAUCGGACGUGAUGUGAUU